AUGAGUUGCAAUGGAUGCCGAGUUCUUCGAAAAGGAUGCAGUGAGAAUUGCAUUCUUCGGCCUUGUUUACAAUGGAUUGAAAGUUCUAUAGCCCAAGGUUAUGCCACUGUCUUUGUAGCCAAGUUCUUUGGCCGUGCGGGUCUCAUGUCCUUCGUUUCCGCAGUCCCAGAUAACCAGAGACCUGCUGUUUUCCAGUCCUUGUUAUACGAAGCUGCUGGAAGAACAGUGAACCCUGUACAUGGCGCAGUUGGGCUAUUAUCAACCGGAAACUGGCAUGUUUGCCAGGAGGCGGUGGAGACCGUCCUCCAAGGCGGCACAUUGCGGCCGAUCUCGCUUGAUGAUGUUUUGGAAUGCACGGCCGACAUCUACAAGCUCCAAAAUCCUAGCCUAAAUUCAAAGCACAAGGUACAAAAGCGCCGUCGUUUACCAGAUGAACUUGGAAAAUUAAUGCAAGUAGCUGAUCUUGAUCUCAGUUUAACAAGUGGGUUUGAGUGGAAAAAGCCCAGCCCUUCAGCUGAGAAGCACGGACUAGGGAGCCCUUCAAUGAAAUCUGAAGAAUCUCUGACCACUACGUGUGAAUAUCAGCUACCAGCUAAACCAAAGCUUCUUAAUUUACUUACUUAG